GUUAAAGUGUCUAGGAUAGCAUAAGGGUUACACCAAACAUUUAAGGCUGAUAAACUUUUUGGAACCUUCACAUAAACUUUUGCAUGAAAACUACACUAAUGUUGGGUCUGCAUGAAUCAUACCUCGUUGUGAUUGGCAAACCCACCUGUGAGCACAGAGAUGAUUAAGGGUUUUUGAUGAGUGAAGCAUGGUGGCGGAUGAAUCAUGGUUUUCACUAUGGAAAGUUCAAAAUAGGCUCCAAUGAAGAAGUCUAAAAUUCCGCUAAGAGCAGCGAGUUUUCAUGAAAGAUUUGCAAUUUUUUAAAUUAUUGUAAAAAAUGGUGGGCAAAAAGGUAAAAAUAAAAAUUGCACAAAUGGAUUUAAAGACACAAGAUGACACUGAAGUAUUGUUUAACCAGCAGGGUGAAAGCGGCGUGUUGGAUGCAGCGGGUGGAGGUGGGAGGUUAAGCGAGUCUGGUUGUUGAGUCAUGUUGAGCUGAGCCUGAGGAGAGCGCCAGGCGUGCUGCAGCCUGCAGAGAGGGAGGAACCUCCUCCCCAUCUUUGUUGCUCCACCGCUGCCCGAAGGAAGGCGUUCGUAUAUGAUUCUGAUCUGCAAUUCCAGUUUUAAGCAUUUGCCACCUUUGAAAAAAAAGGAAAGUUUCUUCCAGAAGAUCUGACCUCAGGGGAAGAGUCGCACGCGAAAGACCUUCAUGCUUGGAGCGCUGACUCUGCCGAUGAAGAUCUGCAUGUGGCUGUGAAUUCAAAAAUGCUCCUUCAAUGCAAGCUUCACCUCCUUCCACCUGGAACCAGAUGAGGAGGGGAGGAGCGAUGUAGGGGGAGGGAGACGGAGAGAUGAGUGGAAGAGCAGAGGAAAGAGGGAGUCAAAGGAGAGCGUGGUCUCUGGGACCAGGUCAAUAUUGAUCGAGCACAUCUAGACCUCAAGUGAAGGACUCCAACAGCACACAGUUUCCUCGAAUGACCACUAGAGUUUCACUGGACUCAACCUACCACUGACUAACAAAAAAAAGGUCUCAUCAUCCGGCUGCCCCCGUAACGUUACCGAGGCAAUGUUCCGGCGCAGGAAGAAGAAGCACCGGGUGGAGAUAUCAUCCCCCAAGGACUUCCAGCACUGCUUUCACACGUCGUUCAAUGCCGCCACAGGACGCUAUGUGGGUCUGCCUCUGCAGUGGCAGAGCAUCAUCGACAACCUCAAGAGGCCACGCCCCCUAGUGGAUCCCUCUAUGAUCACAGACAUUGAACUUGGACCCAGAAAGAGGAUAGUCCGUGGCAGCUUCAUCGGCCAUGGCGACUACAUAAGUCACAUGAUCUCUGAGAUGAGCCGCCUGUCUGUCACCAACUCCAACUCUCUGCGGCGCAGAAGCCCAUCAGCACGGAAACGAGCACAGUCGAUGGGCCGCCUGUCUGAAAUGCCAGAGGAUCAACUGUACCCUUACAAAGAGACUGGUCGCCGCAGCAACAGCGUGAAGGGCAAUGAAAGCUCCACGUACUGGCAGGACAGGAUUCGCCAAGUACGCAGUGAGAGCGGUAGCCCCAGACUGAAUGGAGCACUACUGAAAUCUAAAUCUACCUACCAGGUUGGCUCCAUCUCUGAAGUCGAACCCCUCUCACCACAAGAGACUGAUGGCAUGGCUCAGCGGUAUGCUCACAGGGAGGUGGCAGGGUGUAGACAAAGGCCAAACUCCUGUUUCUACAGUACACAGGCAUUAGAGGCCAACAAUGUUCACCUGAGAGCAAAACCAGGUGAGAAUCAGCUGCCAGACCUUCUGUCAUCUUCUACGGAGACUCCAAGAAGACCCCACUCUUCCUGCGACUUUAAGAUGACUAUGCCAAAAAGAUUGAGCACUCCCCCCCAGCCCCGCUUCUCUGCUUCUGGCCCAGCACCUUGUCCCACCUUGACCACCCCACAGAAAAGACCCGAAGAAGGUUCUCAAAAGGUUACACACGAGCAGUUCAAGGAGGCUUUGAAGAUGGUUGUGGACCCUGGUGACCCGAGGUUAGGUCUGGAGAGCUUUGUGAAGAUUGGCGAGGGGUCCACAGGGGUCGUGUGCAUUGCCCGGGAGAGGCAGAGUGGACGACAGGUGGCGGUGAAGAUGAUGGAUUUGAGGAAGCAGCAACGUAGAGAGCUGCUCUUUAAUGAGGUAGUAAUCAUGAGAGACUACCGACACAAAAAUGUGGUGGACAUGUUCCGUAGUGCAUUAGUGGAGGAGGAGCUUUGGGUCAUCAUGGAAUACUUGCAGGGUGGUGCUCUAACUCAGAUCAUUAGUGAGACCAGGAUGAAUGAAGAACAGAUAGCAACAGUGUGUGAGGGUGUUCUGCUGGCUCUGUCCUACCUCCACUCUGAAGGGGUUAUCCACAGAGACAUCAAGAGUGACUCAAUUCUGCUCACAUUGGAUGGAAGGGUAAAGCUCUCAGAUUUUGGCUUUUGUGCUCAGAUAAACAAGGAUAUACCCAAGAGGAAGUCUCUGGUUGGGACUCCAUACUGGAUGGCACCAGAAGUGAUAUCUAAAAUGAUGUAUGGUACAGAGGUAGAUAUCUGGUCUCUGGGCAUCAUGGUGGUGGAGAUGGUGGAUGGGGAGCCACCAUACUUUAGUGACACCCCCAUCACUGCCAUGAAAAAACUGAGGGAUGAGGCAGCACCAACCGUCAAAAAUACUAACAAGGUGUCGCCGGUGCUGAAGGAUUUCCUGGACUGCAUGUUAACUCGUGACACUCUAAAGCGGAGCAGCGCUACCGACUUGCUGGAGCACCCAUUUCUGCUGCAGUCCGGUCCGCCUAAAGUCCUAGUGCCCCUGGUGGAGCAGUACCGCAAACGCAUGUCGCUCUGCAGCUCAUAGGAGCACUGUGGACUCACAUCUGGAUCAUAGCUAAGAUAAUUCCUGGAACUUACCUAAUUUUAUUGUUAGGAUUUGUUAAAAAAAUAUUUUCAAAGUCCCCUGGGAUUCCCCCAGAAAACAGGGAUCCCACUAAAAUGGGAACAACUAUAAUAGCCUUCUGGGACCGUAGGAGAAAUCAGCAGUGACUCUUAUGCUACGUUCACACCACCCUCAGCAGUGCAUUUGCAAGCAGCCUCUUUCAAUUAAAAGUCUAUGUAAACGCGCGUAAGUGCGUUUUGUGCUUCUGCGUUAAAAACCCUCGAGUUCAGGUGCAGCAACGCAAAUUUCUACAACUGUCACUAAAACCGCACAGUUCCUAAAUGUAGGUCACAGGGCCAGUUCAUUCUGGAACAUCUUCUUAACUUUUCUGAAUUGGACUUUAAAUGUGUUGUAAAAAAAAAAGGUCUAGAAAAAAUCAAACAAUUUGGGUAAAGCCGUUGGUGGCGCUGUGCACUUUGACCUUGUGCAGAAUGGUUUGUUUAUUGUAAAGCACCUGAGGUCCUCUAUAAACACACUUGUUGCUUGGGUUAUAAAAGGAGCAAAUAGUUAAAGUCAACAUGUUUACUUGUACUGCACACUUGAGCUCUGACCUUUGACCUCCUGUUAUAUAUUUUUACUGUAAAAAUUAAUGCUCUAAAUGUUAGAGCAUUUUUGUUCUUUUUUUAAACCAAAAUGAAUAAUAUGAACAAUACAAAACAUAAUAUCAUCCCAAAAUCAUUUCAGGGUAUUUUCUUUCUUUUUCAAACUGACUUAUGUAAAAUCACAAAUUAAUGUAAUAAAAAAAGAAUACACAAGAAAUUUAAAAUAGCUUGUAAAAUAACAGAGGUCAGCUCAUACAUUUUUGUAAAUAAUUAACUAAGCAACAGUAUUAAAAAAGAACAUCAACAGACCAAUUUUUACAAAUGUAUAUUAUUGUAUGAUAUUCUGUUAUAUAGCAAAAACUGAACACUACUAUAAAACAAUUUUGAAUCCUA